UGGAGAGGGGCGGGCUCGCGUUAAUUUUGCGCCCUUCUCGUUUCCUUCUUGUUAAAAUAGCAGCGAGAGCAUGGCUCACACGAGAAUUUCUGCCAAACUUCCUCCUCACAUCGACCCGACCAAAGCGUCCAUUGCCUUCGGGGAUCGGGCUUUGCCCAAACUGAACCGGGAGCUGGCGGAUCCCGAGCUCCUGACCCGGCAGCGGGCGCUCAUGGCUCUGUGUGACCUGCUGCACGACCCCGAGCUAGCUUACACGGCGGCGGAGGUCGGUUGUUUGGAGAACUUGAUAUUCCUUUUGAAGGAUGAAGAUGCUACUGUCCGUCACAAGACCACAGAAAUUUUCUACAUUUUGGUUACACAUACUAUUGGGAGGUUUGCAUUUCUGGAACAUGAUGUAAUUAUGCCACUGUCUGUGUUGCUUAAUGAUCCUGAGGAUGUCUGUCGUAAAAAUGUGCACAUGGUUAUGGAGAUGUUCUCACAAAUCCCUGCAGGUGCUACUGCGAUCGUAUACGCUGGCCUGGUUCCUGACCUGAUUAUGAAGCUGCACACAGAGCUGGAUGAGAUUCAGGAGUUGAUAUUGAAGACUCUGCACUUCUGUUUGCUCGUGGACACUAAGCAGGCCCUGGACGCUGAGGGCAUAUCAGUGCUGAAGAGCAAGCUCACUCAUAGUUCUGCAGCCAUGAGGAGUCUAGCUGCAGAAGCUCUCAUGAACAUCAGUGUGCCCUUGGAAGGAAAAAAGAAAGUUUGCGAUGAGGAGGUGAUCCCAAUCCUGGUGGAGCUGCUCAGUGACUCAGAGUCUGAGGUCAGGGCUGCAGCAGCAGGAGCGCUGAUGUUUGCCACCAUCACCACACAAGGAAAGUAUGAAGCACUGAAGGCUGACAUCAUUCCAUCCUUACUCAUCCUGGUGAAUGACCCAGUAAAUAAAGUGCGGCUCAAUGCCAUCAAAAGCAUCGCAACUGUGUCUGAAAGCCCAGAGGGUAGGAAACUGCUGCUGGACCACGUGGUACUUCUGCAGGAAAAGUUACAUGACCCCAGUGAGGCAGUCAGAAAAGCGGCCAAGAUCACCAUUGACAUCAUCACCUGGAAACCCUAGCU